CGGAAGAAGAAAUGUGAACAUUGGUUCAGCCUCUAGGCCAGGAAAGGGAUUGACUGAAAAACCAACAGGUGUCAGGGCUGGAGCUGGUUUGAGCUCGCCGGGAUUCUGCAGCAGGAGGAGAAAGAUGACUUGAGGUUGGCCUGAAAGAGGGCCUCCCUCCUUCGCGGAAUGCAAUGUUAAUUCUGAGGCAUUGAUGUUUUACAAUGCCUGAUCAAGACACAAAGGUGAAAAGCACAGAGAAACCAGCUGAUAAGAAGCAGCAAGGGACCUCCACCAGGGACUAUUCAGAUCUUAAACGACUUCGGUGCCUUCUGAACGUUCAGUCAAGCAAACAGCAGCUUCCGGCCAUUAACUUUGACAGUGCCCAAAAAAACAUAACCAAGUCUGAGUCUGCCAUCAAGGCAGGGGGACACAGGGCCCGUGGUCAGUGGCAUGAGUCCACAGAAGCAGUUGAACUUGAAAAUUUUAGUAUAAACUACAAGAAUGAGAGAAAUUUCAGCAAACACCCCCAGAACCAGUUAUUUCAGGAGAUUUUUAUGGCUCUGGUGAGAAACAGACUGAGAUGUAGAGAGUGGGUUGACCGAGCUCCAUCCAUCCAUUUUCUGAGAGUGUUAAUUUGUCUGAGGCUGCUAAUGAGGGAUCCGUGUUAUCAGGAAAUACUCCAUAAAUUGGGAGGGAUUGAAGACCUAGCUCAGUACAUGGAGAUUGUGGCCAACGAGUACCUGGGUGAUGCUGAGGAGCAGCACUGUGUGGACAAGCUGGUCAACAUGACGUAUAUUUUUCAAAAACUCGCUGCUGUGAAAGACCAAAGAGAAUGGGUCACUGCAAGUGGAGCCCACAAGACAUUAGUGAACUUACUUGGUGCCCGAGACACCAAUGUUCUACUGGGUACUCUUCUGGCACUGGCUAGCUUGGCAGAGAGUCCAGAGUGUAGAGAGAAGAUCAGUGAACUCAACAUCGUAGAGAGCCUACUGAUGAUUCUGCACGAAUAUGACUUACUCUCCAAAAGACUCACCGCAGAGCUCCUGCGCCUGCUUUGUGCUGAGCCCCAGGUGAAGGAGCAGGUGAAACUCUAUGAGGGCAUCCCCAUCCUGCUCAGUCUGCUCCACUCUGACCACCUGAAGCUGCUGUGGAGCGUCGUCUGGAUUCUCGUCCAGGUGUGUGAGGACCCAGAGACCAGUGUGGAGAUCCGCAUCUGGGGUGGCAUCAAGCAGCUCCUUCAUAUUUUACGAGGAGACAGGAAUUUUGUUUCUGAUCGUUCGUCCAUUGGAAGCCUGUCCAGUGCAAAUGCCGCAGGACGAAUCCAGCAGCUUCAUCUGUCAGAAGAUUUAAGCCCUGGGGAAAUACAGGAAAAUACCAUCUCUCUCCAAGCAGCUUGCUGUGCUGCCCUCACCGAGCUGGCCCUCAAUGACACCAAUGCCCACCAAGUGGUUCAGGAAAAUGGUGUAUAUACAAUAGCAAAAUUAAUUUUGCCAAAUAAACAAAAGAAUGCAGCAAAAACUAAUCUACUACAGUGUUACGCUUUCAGAGCCCUGAGGUUUCUCUUCAGUAUGGAAAGGAACAGGCCGCUCUUUAAAAGACUGUUCCCCACUGACCUGUUUGAGACCUUCAUCGACAUAGGACAUUACGUUCGUGAUAUCAGUGCUUAUGAGGACUUGGUAGCACAGUUGAAUUUACUCUUGGAAGAUGAACUGAGGCAAAUUGCUGAGAAUAUUGAGAGCAUCAAUCAGAAGAAGGCACCGUUGAAAUACAUAGGCGACUAUGCUGUGUUGGAUCAUCUUGGAAGUGGAGCUUUUGGCUGUGUGUAUAAGGUUAGAAAGCGUAGUGGUCAACAUCUUCUAGCAAUGAAGGAGGUCAAUUUACAUAACCCAGCAUUUGGAAAGGAUAAGAAAGACCGAGACAGCAGUGUGAAGAACAUCGUUUCUGAAUUAACAAUAAUUAAGGAGCAGCUUUAUCAUCCCAACGUUGUACGUUAUUAUAAAACAUUUUUGGAAAAUGACAGAUUGUAUAUCGUUAUGGAGCUGAUCGAAGGAGCCCCUCUCGGAGAGCACUUUAGUUCUUUGAAGGAAAAACAGCACCAUUUCACUGAAGAAAGACUGUGGAAAAUCUUUAUACAGCUCUGCUUAGCUCUUCGGUACCUACACAAGGAGAAGAGGAUUGUCCACAGAGAUCUGACACCAAACAACAUUAUGCUGGGAGAUAAGGACAAAGUGACAGUUACUGACUUUGGCCUGGCAAAGCAAAAGCAGGAAAGCAGUAAGCUCACGUCUGUGGUGGGAACGAUCCUCUAUUCUUGCCCAGAGGUCCUGAAGAGUGAGCCGUAUGGAGAGAAGGCUGAUGUCUGGGCUGCUGGCUGCAUCCUCUAUCAGAUGGCGACUUUGAGUCCUCCCUUCUGUAGCACCAACAUGCUCUCCUUGGCGACUAAAAUAGUGGAGGCUGUGUAUGAACCAGUGCCAGAAGGCAUCUACUCUGAAAAAGUGACAGAUACCAUUAGCAGGUGCCUCACUCCUGAUGCGGAAGCGCGUCCAGAUAUUGUAGAAGUUUGUUCCCUGGUGUCAGAUGUCAUGAUGAAGUAUUUAGACAACUUAGCCACAUCCCAGCUGGCCUUGGAGAGGAAACUGGAGCGGGAGCGGAGGCGCACGCAGAGAUAUUUUAUGGAAGCCAACCGGAACGCUGUCACGUGUCACCAUGAGCUGACCCUGCUGUCCCAGGAGACCUUUGAGAAGGCGAGCUUAAGCAGCAGCAGCAGUGGCGCAGCAAGCCUGAAGAGUGAGCUCUCGGAGAGCACGGAGCUGCCGGGGGAGGGCUUUCACAUGCCCUGUGGGAAGGAGGAGGAGAGGACCUGCGAGGAGGUGCUCUUCGAGGAUAACUUCCAGCUGGAGAGUGUGGACAAAGAUGUGUAUUCUGAGUUGGACGAUGAGCUGGACAUCUUGGACAGCUGUAGCAGCUCCAGUUCAAGCCCUCUGAAGGAGUCUACAUUCAGCAUUUUAAAGAGAAGCUUCAGUGCCUCAGGAAAAGAACGACACUCACAAGCAAGGGACUUCAUUGGUGGAAUAGGAUCAAGACCAAGACCAGCGUCUGCAGGCAUUGCUGUCUCCCAGCGGAAAGUGCGGCAGAUCAGCGACCCCAUUCAGCAGAUUCUGAUUCAGCUGCACAAGGUCAUCUACAUCACACAGCUCCCUCCAGCUCUGCACCAUGAUCUGAAGAGAAGGGUUGUAGAGAGAUUUAAGAAGUCCCUUUUCAGCCGGCAGAGCAACCCGUGCAACCUGAAGUCAGAAAUCAAGAAGUUAUCUCAGGGGUCUCCAGAGCCAAUUGAGCCAAACUUUUUUACGUCAGACUUCCACCUACUACAUCACUCACUGGCUGCGAACAGCUGGUCUCCAAGUGACCCCACAGGUCUGCCCACCAGCCUUGAGUUGGAGGAGGGAAUCACAUAUGAGCAGAUGCAGACUGUGAUUGAAGAAGUCCUAGAGGAAAGCGGCUACUACAAUUUCACAACUAACAGGUGA